AUGGAUUUGGGAACUUUCUGGCUUACUAGGGUUGAUGCGCAUUUGGAUGAAGAAUGCCGGCUUGCAACAUAUCACGAGGAUAGGCGUCUACAACAAUUAUUUCAUGAUUAUGAAUCCAUUAAAGGACUGGAAGUCUAUGUUGGGAUGUAUUGGUUGAUCCAUGACAAGAAAACAACAAGAAAGAGCAACGCAGAGAUGCUAGAAAAGUUCUGUUUUGUUGUAGGACCUAACGGGAUUGAGGUUGACCCCAACAAAAUAAAAGCCAUUCAAGAUAUGGGACCGCCAAGAACUAAACAUCAGGUGAGAAGCUUCUUGGGAAAAAUUCAGUACAUCAACAGGUUUAUUUCCAGGCUAUCCAUCACUUGUGCUCCGAUCUUCAAGCUACUCAAGAAGAAUCAACUAGUUAAAUGGAAUGAGGACUGCCAGAAAGCCUUUGAUCACAUAAAGAGGUAUUUGAUGAAUCCACCGGUGCUGAGUUCGCCUAAACCAGGAGAGCCUCUGACCUUGUAUUUGUCUAUAGAGGAUGCCGGAGUGGGAGCCAUGUUGGCACAGCCGGACGCUGCUGGAGUAGAAAAGGCUAUCUAUUACAUCAGUAAGAAACUACUGCCUAUCGAGGAGAAGUACACCUAUCGAGGAGAAGUCACUUUCGUUUCCAAAUUGAUCCUUGGAGAUAUUUCGGGGAGAACACCUACUCUUAGAAGGGCGUCUGUCCAAAUGGGGCUAAUUCAGGAAUGGCUAAUUCAGAUGUCUAGUGUGGAUGCAGAGUUUGUCACGAGGAAAACGGUCAAAGGUCGGGUUGUGGCAGAGUUCCUGGCAGAGAAUCCCGUUGGGCUUGGAAAUUGUAUUGAUGGAUCAGCCAAUAGAAGCGGAGCCGAAGCUAGUAUUGUGAUAGAAGCACCUAAUGGCGAGGUCAUAAUGAUGUGCAAAAGAUUAUUGUUUCCGGUCACCAACAACAUGGCUGAAUAUGAAGCAUGCAUCAUGGGAAUGGAAGCUCUUCUUGCAUUCGGUGCCAAGGAAGUCGAGGUGAUAGGUGAUUCGCUGUUGGUCAUCGAACACGCUAACGAGAGAUGGAAAGUAGAAGAAGAAAGGUUGAAGCCCUAUGUUGAGUACUUAUUGAAGAAGGCAACACUCUUUGAUAAGAUCACCUUCACUCACAUAGGAAGAACCUAUAACAUAGAAGAACCUUAUAACAAAAUUCCGAACGCCUUGGUUGGAGUCGGGAGGAAGAACCCUUGGUUUACGGAUUAUCCUGCGUAUAUCCUGCGGUAUAUGAAAGACGGAACCUUUUCUAAUGAUGCGACAAAAGAAGACCGUUCAGUUUUCAGAAAAAUGGCUUUGAAUUAUGUCCUGGUUGAUGGUGAACUUUAUAGAAGAGCUUGGGAUGGGAUGCUGCUAAGAUGCGUAGAUAAGGAGGGAGAAGACAUAAUGAAGAAAAUUCAUGAGGGAGUCUGCGGUACCCAUUUGAGCGGCAUUAGCUUAGCCAGAAAAAUCAUGAGGCAGGGCUAUUUUUGGACACAGAUGGAAGGUGACUGUGUUAAUUAUGUACGUCACAGUAAAACUUGCCAGCACCAUGAUAAUAAAAGGCAUUUGCCUGCUGUUGAACUUCAUCGACAGUUCCUUCUUAGCCUUUCUCUGCAUGGGGUUGGCGGUUCUUCAUGGCAUACACAUUCAAUAUCAAGAAACAAUAAGCUCGAAUCCAAUAGGGACCUAUAUCCAUGGACAGAACCCUACUCAGAAAAGGCUCUAAAGGAAGACCUUAAUCCGUGUUUACGCCGUCAGGAAGGUAAACUGGGCACAGGGCCACGAUCUCGGUCAGAUCAUAUCCGGGUCCUGGGGGCAAAGCCGGAGUUUCAUCCUGUUCAGGGUGAUGAUCCAUCACGACACACAUUUCCUCAUAGGUCGGGGUUAUUUCAGAGUCUUCAAACCGGAAAACCAUGGUGUUGGGGUUGA